AUGGAAGUUCUUCAGCCUUUCCAACCGGCUUCUUCCUCCUCCUGUCUACCUCCCGGUUGUUGUUUUUCCCCCUCCGAUGAGCAGAUCCUCUGUUUCUACCUCCCCAACAAGACCACCGCAUCCAUUUCCCCCAAUUCGCUCGCCAAUGGCGUUUCCCCCGGCUAUAACUUAAUCAAAGACCUCGACCCCUUCGAUUACGAUCCUUUCGAUUUGCCGGAGUCCGCGUGUUUUUCUUACGGUUCCAGGGGAAGAAAGAAGCACUGGUACUACUACUCAGUAAGUGUUUUUAGUGAGGAAAGAGGACGGAUAAGAAUGAAGAGCGGGUAUUGGAGAAGAAAAAGGAGAGCGAGAGAGGUGAUUAUCCAUCGAGGAGUUGUUCUCGGGAUGAAGACCAGUUUUGUGUUCUAUUGGGGGAAUUCGAUCGAGAACGCUGUGAAGACUAAUUGGAUCAUGUACGAGUAUGCCCUAGGCGAUCAUUUUAAGGCUUCUUUUGUACUGCAUCGGGUAUUUGUAAGAGGUUGGGGACAUGGCAUUUCGGGUAAUGGCUUAAGUGCUUAUGGUGACGGAAGUGUCUCAGCAGUAUGCCAUAAUGGCAAUCAGCAAGAUGGAAUUCCAGUAACCAAUGGCAUCGCAGGACAUGAAAUGGGUUGUGCGGAGAAGCCAAAUUGUGUGCUCGUUACAGAUCCUGUUACCACUUUGCAAGUCCCAUCAGAAGCUUACCCUUGCGGGAUGAUGGCUCCCUCGCCUGUAACCCCUACUGGUUCAAUCUCUAUUCUGGACGGAGAUUUUCUAGAAAUAAACGAUCUUGAUGAUCAGAUGGAUCCGGAAGAUAUCAGUGGAUGA